GAAGGGGAAUAAGAAUAUCUCAAAACAAAAAAGUGCCAAAAGGUUUAAGAAAAGUUAGGAAUAAGAAGCAAAACAGUUUCUUCAUCCAUGGAGUACUGAAAAACUAAAAUAAAUCCAACUUUCAAAGCUAAUAAGGAAUCAAUUUCAUAUAUAUAAUUCAAAUCAUCAUAUCCUCUAAAUAACCCGGAAAGAAGCACAUAAGGAGAAGAAGCAGGCCUCCAUGGAAACAUCUUAUGAAGAUUUUGAGCCUUUGUGCAAAUGGAGAAGGGAUCAAAACUGUGACAAGCUUGAAGUCCAUCUUUCAGGAUUCAGAAGGCAGCAAUUGAAAGUUGAAAUUCACAGUUCUGGGAUCUUGGAAAUUUCUGGAGAACGUCUAAUGGAUGAAGGUAAAUCGAAAAGAAUAAUAAGCAGAUUCAGGAAAGAAUUCCCAAUUUCAGAAGAUUAUCAACGAACCCAAAUUCAUGCAAAGUUCUAUAAUGGCAUUCUUCACCUGGUAAUGCCUAAAGAAAUUGUUCCCACCAUUUCUUCUCCUGCUGCUGGUGGUGGUGAUGAGGAUAAUGAUGGUAAAGCUUCAAGUAGCGGUACAUCAUAUUUAACGUGUUUAAUGAAGUUGAAUAAAAAUAUAGCUUUGGACAUCAUGAUAUUAGCAAUUUCCUUGGCAAUUGUUGUAGCUUAUGUGAAGAAAUAUUGUCAAUGUUCUUCUUUGGAAGAAGUUGUACUAAAUUUGUAAUUUUAACAUCAUAUAAUAUGUAUCCGUACUCUAUGACAGAGGGUGUGUUUUUAA